AUGGUGAACAGCUACGAGAUCGGCAAGGCUGAUCCAUCGCAGUCUGAGAGUGUCACUCCCAUUCUGCAAGAGGUCUAUAAAGAUGAGGAGGGUCUACCGGAGUUAUAUCUAUGUGUAAUUAGCGACGUCAAGGUGCUGACGAAAAUACGUCCGCAUGCAAGAGCGUUUAUAAGGGAGCUGGUUUCCAAAACUGGCUGCGGGGUGGUAUUAUCGAUAUACACUAAGGGCAGUCGACGAUAUAUGGAAGUUAUCAAAAAAAUGUUAGAUCCCUCCGGAGAGCUCAUCAAGGGCCGACUCGUGUCUAGGGAGGAUGAGCCUUCUAAUAUGACGCCCUUGGAGAAAGAUCCCGACUUUAUAAUCAACGCGGACUCAGCAGUUGGUACGGAAGAGCUGCGGCGGCGGUGGUUUGUGGUGUUGGAUGAUAGUCCCGAGGUGUGGCCGGAAGAGUGCAGGGAGGCUGGGAAUAUCGUUGAAGCUACUAUGUAA